CCUUCUGGAAUUUUCCAUGUAUAACCCUUAAACGAAAUGAUCAAGUAUUGAACAUUCUAAAUUUCAAUUGUCUGAUCUGUUGUUUAUUUUAAGAGUUUUUAUGUUUGUGUCUAUAUUUUGGCUAUAUAAACAUGGUCUGGAUAAGUAGAAAAAGUAACGUGGAUUAUUCUAUAAUGAAUCGAUUGUUAUUUAACUUCCUUAUUUGAUAAGCUCACUUACACAGGAACAGAUCGUACAACUUUUCACACAGGCAAACGUCAACAUGGAAAACCUAGAUUUCAUGGACCCUGGGAUUCAGCAAUAUUUGUCAUCAGACCCAAAUCUAAAUACAGCAGCAACAUCCAAGCCGAAGGGGGCCUCUAAUCAGCCUACGCGGGGGACCCCUGUGGCUGGCCCAUAUGUUGAAAUAGUGGAGCAGCCCAAGGCCCGGGGAUUGAGAUUCCGUUAUGAGUGCGAAGGAAGAUCUGCAGGAAGCAUUCCGGGAGAAUCCAGCACCCCAGAACGGAAAACCUUUCCUGCAAUAAAGAUACACAACUACAGCGGCCCAGCAGUGAUAGUUGUCUCGUGUGUCACAAAAGACGAGCCCUACAAGCCCCACCCCCACAAUCUCGUGGGAAAAGACUGCAAGAAGGGUGUGUGCACGCUACGCAUACGCGACACUGCUACAGUAACGUUCCCACAUCUGGGAAUACAGUGCGCCAAAAAGAAAGACGUGGAGGGGAACUUGAAGCUUAGACAGGAGAUAAAUGUGGACCCAUUUCAAACGGGUUUCAAGCACAAGGGACAGAAUAUCGACCUGAACGUUGUGAGGCUGUGUUUCCAAGUGUUCUUGCCAGAUGAACAGGGGAAGAUAACCAGGAUUGUGAAGCCUGUUGUGUCCCAGGCUAUCCAUGAUAAAAAGGCACUGAAUGACCUGGUGAUCUGCCGUAUUGACAAGACGUCUGGGAAAGCUAAGGGUGGUGAUGAGGUGUUUCUACUGUGUGAAAAGAUCAACCGAGAUGAUGUGCGGGUGAGAUUUUACCUAGAGCAGCAGGGGCAUGUUGUAUGGGAAGCCUUUGGUGAUUUUGGACAGAACGAUGUUCAUCGUCAGUUUGCGAUCGUGUUUAAGACGCCUCCAUAUAUGGACGAGGACAUACAGCAGCCAGUGGAAGUAGAAAUGCAGCUGCAGAGGAGCUCAGACCUGGAGGGCAGUGACCCGAUACGGUUCACCUACCAGCCCGAAGAUCCAGACCCGGACAGGAUUGCAGAGAAGCGUAAGAGGAAAGCCAAUAACCUGGCAAUCUUCACUUCGUCUGGAGAUAGUGGACCAGUCACACAAGAACAGCUGAAACAGAGACUGAAACUGAAAGCAACUAGAGUUAACAAACCAAAGAGUGAGGUCAUCGUUAAAGAUGAAGCUUACAGUCCUGAAUUGCCACAGUAUUCGCUGAACAACCUUGGCGCCCACCCCCAAUCAAUGAACUCAGUAAUGUCCGUGGCUGGGUACCAGGUCUCUCAGCCCAGCUUCAUGGAUCAGAGCUCACCCAUGGGUUCCCAGUCCAAUCUUGUCAGCAACAAGUUACACUUCAACCCGGUCACCACGCAGGUCCCACAAGUCCAGCCAUCACUUGCCCAGGCUCCUCAGUUCACCUUGAACGCCCAGGCUAUCCAGCUUCUCAUGAGUCAUGGGUAUUUGAAUAACUCACAGCAGCCAGCCACCCAAUCAAAUCCAGUUUUACCACAGCCAGUGCAGCUGCCUGUCCAAUCACAGCCGCCGAUACAGCAGGAUGUGCAGGGCAAUCAGGUGCAAGAUCAGAUAAAAUUGCUCCUGCAGAUGCUUGCACAGCAGCAGAAUCAGAGUCAAAUGGGGGCUGGCAAUCAGCCAACCAAUACUCCAUUUAUCACAAGUAAUGACCCAAGUUUCCAGGGCACAAGCCUUGACCUUUCCUCCUUUGAUCAAAAUGUUCUUCAGAGUUUGCUUGCUGGUGAAUCGCCAAUGAUAUCCCUUGGUGAACUGGAGGGGGACCUGAGCUAUGACCAGGGAGUUGCAGGUUUUGAAACUGUUGGGACUGACGGAAGUAGUUCACAAGGUUCUCACAUGUAUGAUGACUCACGAAGCCAUGGAGCUGAAUAGUUCAGCUCUGUAUGCUCUUCUAUAAUAACGGAUUCAAAAACAAAAACUGCUAUGGUCCACCCUGUGUGAAAUCUGAAAGGCAUUCAGAGGGGGUAGUUUGGAGUAACUGUAUGUUUGCUGGUGGGUAGGUCCGCAAAAAAUGUUAUACGUUUGGGAAGCAAAAUACUUCAACAUAUACACAAGUGAUAAUCAGAGAUUGUUGAUUUGCAGGACAGUGUUUAUAACAUCCAAUGAUCAACACAUUCCUGAGUUAUUUGCGCACAAGCAUAGGUGACAAAGAGGCGAUGGGGUAUUUUUCACGGCUCCAACUAAAGUUUUGUUAGGAUCUCUUUCUGGCAGGAUGAAAACGAUUGGGAGACUUGUAAAAGGUUUUCGGGUCAAUAUUUGAGUGUUUUAAGUGUACUGGGAUCAAUACUAAGUCACUAGGUCGUGUCAGAGGUUGUGAUGAGAUUGUCACAUGAGAAUGCAUGUUGAUUAUUUGUUGAAACUGCAUUAAUUGAAUCGACUAAUAACUUUGCAUUAAUUGUAUGGACUGUACCCAGUUCUCAAGCUGGACCUUAACAUCACUUGCAGCUGUUGCCUCAAGGCCUCACCCUGCGUCAUUGGACGUCUGCCAUGUCCUCUAUUUAUCAGUCAAAUUUAUGACUGCAGGAAACUGAUGUGGUGUCUGCACAAGAUUAGGUAACUUCAUUAAUUCUCAUAGUAUUAAUUCUUCUUUUCAUUCACACAAUAUAGCUUAAUGUUAAUAUUGCCAAUUAAAAGACGCUUCAAAAUGUAAGGAUUUUCCCUACAUAGAUAUAUUUUGCUUCACAGUUCAAUAGUAUGUGAAUGACUGAGGGAUUAUUAUUUAACCCUGCAGUAGAAUUCAAACUUUGACCAUUACCACCUUAACUUUGCCAAUGUAGUUUUGCAUACAGCAGAAUGUAUUAAAUGAAAGAUAAAGGUUUUAAAAUGAAAUCAGAAAAAGGACCUGUUUUAAUGGCCUUUAUGUUGCUUUACAUACUAAAAUCUGCAUUGAUGAAAUUGACAUAUGACUUUGCAUUCAUUGUAUGGACUGUACCCAGUUCUCAAGCUGGACCUUAACUUCACUUGCCCCUGUUGCCUCAAGGUCCCACCCUGCGUCAUUGGACGUCUGCCAUGUCCUCUAUUUAUCUGAUCACAAUAUUAUACUGCCUAUUUGUUUUGAAAUUAAAAUGAAUUUACCAGAUUCACUCUGUGAAACUAGUUGAAAAGUUGUAUUAAUCAUGUGAAUAAUGUUUUAAAUGUAAACAGUUUUAUUAAAGCGAGAUUAUACGAUUUUGUAUAUGUGUUUAAUGGUAAUAUAUAGAUAAAAUAUGUUACAAUAACACAAAAUAGGCAAGAAAAAUUAUACAUUGAAGACGAAUUUCAUAAAAUGCAGCAAAGACAAAUUAGCGCCCUGAGCCAAUAGUGACGAAAAUAUUUCGAACAUAUUUUCCUACAAUAACCAAAGCAUUUGUCUUUUUAGUUAGUGUUCCUGAGUAGUUUGAAUAGAUAUCGUUGCCGGAAUUUAAAAUGAACCGUUAAACUAAAUUUAGAUUCACAUCGUACAUGCAUGAUUUACAUGCUGGCGAAUUCAACUGUACAGACAUUUUCGAUUUCAGAAUUAAAGAUCUGGCUUAUUUCGCAUUAUUCGACACAUGUUAUUCUUAACUUUUAUUUUAAUUUAUAUUGAAAUAUAUGUUUAAUAAGUUUUUACACAUUUUAUAUAAAUUACCAAAAAAUUGACAAAAUCAUAUAAUCUCGCUUUAAAUACAUAAUGAAAACACUAGGGGCCAAAUUUUUGCUCAUCCUGUAUGAAACCUACUCGGAUCAUUUGUCCAGAUGAUAUCUCAGCUGACUUUUGAACUGGGUCACAUGGUAUCAAAUACUUGGCCACUGGGCAAAAUUAACUUAAAAGCUUGUGAAACUCUUGGAACCUCAUAUUUGCCUAAUCAUAAUAUCUUGGUUGAAUUCUAAAAUAGUUCUUUAAAUAGUGCAAAAGCUCAUGGUGAGCAAGCCAUGGCCUUCAUCCCUCUUGAACUGUUUAAGAAUAGGCUCAUUAGGGCUCAUUUUCAACCAGAAAACAAGCAUACACAAUCAUGCAGAUUCUGAAAUAAGGCUGCAGUUUUGCACCACUGUGGGUUUGCAUCAAAACCCACCAAUCAAAAAGAUAUUUCUAGAUACUUUUAUACCAUGGUGUGCAGAAUAUGUGCUUUAAGUGAAUUUAAAGAUAUCUUUAUGUUUUUGUUUUAAUGGACAUUUUCUUCUUGUGUUUUGUUUUGUUUCAUAUUGUUUAAUUUCUAAAAUAGGCACAUGCUUACACUUUUAGUUGCCAAAUAAUAUUCUGUAUUUUGUUUAAAGUAGAAUUUUCACAAAUGUAAUAUGCUUCUUAAAGCCCAGACAUUAAUUGGAGUUGAUUGUAUUAUAUGACCUGAAUUAAGAUAUCAAACUGUGUUUUUGUAUGUGUUUGUUGAUGUUUGAUAAUUUGAUGUUUGCUUAAGAUGUGUCUUGGUGCACAGUGUUGAUGAUAACAAGUAUUGAAGACCUUAGGCCAUGCAUAUAUGAUCACAGAUUAUUCAUAUAGUGAAAACUAUUAAGAUGCAAUAUGUUAAAAUGAAAGAGUUGUGGAAAAAGACACAAAUAUGAUAGUCUUAACAACAAAACUUACUUGAAUUACAUGAUAAGAAUGUGGAAAAAUUAUUGUAUUGUGUUUGUGUUCUCGAUCUUACUUCUCAACAUACAGUGUUGAACCAAACGUCUGUGUGCUAUAAAUAAUAAGAAUCUUUUGCAUCAUUUUACUUAGGCUGUUUUUUAAUAUGCACAGGUACUUUUAGAGUCAUUGAUUAUGAUAGUUCAUAUUUAUUGAUAUUGGCUUGUGUUUUGUGUGAAGAUAUUAAAUAAGACGCUUUAUGAUGUAAUGUUGAAUGAAAAGAAUUUUUUAUUCCAUAUUUGAAAACUAUUAUUUUUAUUGUACAAAAUCUUGUGUUUUGAAGACAUGUUGAGCUUUUUACUAAAGUGUGUAUAAUUAAUAAUAUUAACAAGUUUUUAAGAUAAUUAUUAAAGUUUUAGUAAGUUUUCAGGUUUUCUGUCAGAAGCGGAGGAUGAUGUAAAUGAAACUUAAUUUGUUUCUUGCUAUCCUAUAGUAAAAAUAAUAAAAAAGGUUUUCUUGUUACCUUUUUAUGAAUACAUUUUUGAAGCCCAAAGUAUUUUGGGUAUUGUUAUCAAUUAAACAAAAAAUUGGGUUAACAAAAUAAAGAAUAUCUAAAAAAUAUAUAUUUAUGAAAUAACUGUAUAUUCUUUCACAGUUGGCAGCAUGCGAUCUUUUUCUAGUGUUGAUUUUGAAUGUGUUAUCACAUAUUUUCUAUGUCUCUAUUUAUUUGCUAGAUUUUAAAAUGCAUUAGUGCUUUCUGUUAUGUAUGAAUGUGCUAUGAUAAGAUGACAUUUUUCUUACCAUUCAAUGAUUUCUUUUUCUAUUAAAUGUGUAAAUAUUAUCAAUUUAAUCAUUUCCUAUGUUCAUAUUGCCAUUUUUUAAUCAAGCAAUGUAAAUAAACCAUUAAAACUACAAAUAUGUUUGUUUUAUAAAGACAACAUUUUAAUUUAAUUCAAAUUAGCUGUGCAUCUAAGCUGAACAUGUAUGACUUAAUAAUGUUUUCACAGUUAUAGGCCCUAUUUAUAUUGGGAAAAAAACACUGUUUGACCUUUCGUCCAAUCUUAAUUAUGUGAAAUUCCACAAACGAAACACUGUUAAUGUUAGUUAGAAGAAACAACAACGCUUUUGUAUACGGAUAAUAAUUUUGAUAUUCAUGGUUACCUUCUUACCGUGUUCCUAUGCAUCUUUUAGCAUUUAAACCCUAGCGCAAUUUUGGUUUCUUGCAAAAAGGAAUAAUGAAUUGAAGCAGAGCAAGGCCUAGUCAAUGGAUAGGUGAAUCUCGCUCAUACGUUUAGAGUUGCAUGAUCUUCAUUUGUAGAUGAUUGUAAAGAAAGGAAAUUUGGCUGCGGCAAGUUUUGGCAGAACUGAGAAUCUUAGUGUUUUUUCUAAUAUGAAAUACAUAUUUCCAAAAUUUGUGUGUUUUUUAUUGCUUGGAAUUCAUCCCUUAAGGGCUUUCAAUCAUAUUUUAACAGUUUCAGUAAAUACAUCUUUCUGAUUCAAAAUAUUGUAAUAAAAUUAGUAUCCUCAA